AGCGCUCUAAGGCUCGGCCUUCACAUCAACUUCCACCAGAUUUGUUUCAUCCAAAUUUUCUUCUUCCAGCAUUUGCUCAAGGGAUGCACCACCAUCUGCUCACAUCCACACGGAUGAUCAUUGCAAGACAAGACGAACGUACAUGGACAGUGGACAACACAAUGGAAAUGCAAGGGAAGUCAAUGACAAUACGAAGGAACUUGCUCAAAAACUGAAAGAGGAAGUGAAAAUGAUGUUCCAAUCAUCAAUCAAUAUCAAACACAAACUAAACCUGAUUGAUUCACUUCAACGUUUCAGUGCAUCCUAUCUUUUCCAACAAGAAAUUAACAAUCUAUUGGAACAAAUUCACCACAGUUUUAUAAAAGAUAACACCAUCGUUGAAGAUAAUAAUUAUCACUCUCUUGCUCUACUAUUUCGUUUGAUUAGACAACAGGGAUAUCGAAUUUCAUCAGAUAUAUUUAAGAAACUCAAAAAUGAGCAAGGAAACUUCAACGAAACUCUAGGCAAUGAUGUUGAAGGGCUGUGUAGCUUGUAUGAAGCUGCACAAAUGAAAACUCAUGGAGAUGAUAUACUAGAAGAUAUGUGUGACUUCUCAGAGACUCAUCUUAAAUCCUUGGUCACCCAACUGGAACCAUCUCUUGUUGCACAAGUCAACCAUUGCUUAAACCACCCUCUUAAUAAGAGUGUGACUAGGUUUGAGGCAAAGUAUCACAUCUCUGUGUAUGAAAAAGAUUGCUCCCAUGAUGAAACUUUGUUGACAUUUGCAAAAGUGAAAUUCAAUAUUCUUCAACGAUUACAUCAAACAGAAAUUGGGUCUAUCACCAAGUGGUGGAAAAAGUCAAACUUUGAGCAAAAGGUUCCUCACGCUAGAAACAGAAUUGUUGAGUGUUAUCUUUGGUUGUUGGCUAUGUCGCACCUGCCUGAAUAUAGUAAUGGAAGAAUCAUUGUGGGAAAAUUGGCUUCUGUUAUUGCUCUUCUAGAUGAUACUUAUGACGCUUAUGGAACUUUUGAGGAACUUCAACUCUUUACAGAAGCAUUUCAGAGAUGGGAUAUCAGACUCACCGAAUCCCUUCCACAGUCCAUGAAAGUAAUAUUUGAAGCAAUUAUAGAACUGUGUGAAGAAGUAGAAGAGUUGACAACUGAGAGUGGAAACUCCAACUUUGUUGUGCCACAUUUCAAACAAGCUAUUUGCAGCUUAGUAAAAGGUUACCUGGUUGAAGCUAAAUGGUGCGAUGAGGGAUACAUUCCAACUUAUGAUGAAUAUAAAAUCAAUGGAAUGUUUACUUCCUGUUGUCCCAUUUUGUCUACAACGUUUGUUGGCCUUGCAAACUUUGCAACAAAAGAUGUAUAUGAUUGGAUUUUGAGUAAUCCACAUAUACUUAGAGCUGCAUCAGUUAUUGCUAGAGUCUUCAAUGACAUGGCCUCACAUAGGUUUGAACAAGAAAGAGUACAUGUUGCAUCAGCUGUUGAAUGUUGCAUGAAGGAAUAUGGUAUUCCGCAAGUAGACGCGUAUAAGUUCAUUCACAAGGACAUUGAUGAUUGUUGGAAUGUUGUAAAUGAAGAGUUCCUCAAAUCAAAUGAUAUCCCAAAUAUUGCACUUGAUUGUAUAGCUAAUUUUGCACGCAUGGCUGAGUUUUCGUAUGAAAAUCACAAUGAUAAAUUCACUGAUGGAGAAUUACUCAAAGAUUAUGUAUCUUCAAUUCUUGUGGAUCCCUUCUGUCUCGAUCAAACCGUGAUAUGAGAAACUAUUCCACAUAUACACAAAUUUUAUUAUCUUUAAAGCUAUGUAUUACCAAGCAUAAAUAAGAGUCAAAUGUGAGUAUGAAAGUGGAAUCGUCCUACAUGAAAGGCUCAACGUGUGAGCUGUGAUGAAGAACGUUGUUUGUUGUAAUGUUUGUGUGUGUCCUUUGCUUAAUUUUCAAUAAUGUUUAACUAUUUUAAUUUUGUACAA